GAAGAGGAACCGGAAGCCGUGGGUUGUUGUAAACAUCGGUCGGGCGAUCGUGGUUCUCUGCGGGUUUCCUCGCUCUGUUCCUGGGUUAAACCUCAGCACAGCGACCGAUUCCAGCUCCAGGCCGAAGACUGAACCGAGCCGAUCCGAGCCGAUCCGGGUGAACCGUCCGAGUCCAGCAUGAACGAGUCGGAGGGGCUCCGGUUCCGGCGGCUGCACAGACCGCAGGUCAUCACUGACGAGCUGCCCGAGCAUCGAUACAAGGGAUCCGGCACCUACAGCGGGAAGGUGUUUCAGGUGACUCUGUUCUCUCUGGGCGCUUUUCUGCUUCUUCCUCUCCUGGUCAUCAUCCUCAUCCUGGAGUCUCCCAUCCAGCCUGAAGUCUUCAGUCUGAAGGAGCCUCCGCUGAUGAAGGGCUGCUGGGAGCCGAACCUGAAGCUGAGAGAAGCUCAGAGAUUGUUUGAAGGCCAGAUAACGGGACCGGAGUCCGUCGCCAACAUCGGAGAUGUUUUGUUCUCUGGAACAGCUGACGGGAAAAUCGUGAAGCUCGUUGGCCGAAGAGUCCACACGGUGACGAGACUCGGGAAGCUGCCCUGCGGCUCCAGAGAGGAGGAGUCCAGCUGUGGGAGACCUCUGGGGAUCCGAGUCGGACCCAACGGGACUCUGUUUGUAGCGGAUGCUUACCUGGGCCUGUUCGAGGUCAAUCCCACCACAGGUGAGGUGACCAGGCUGGUGGCGGGCGGGCAGGUGGUCGCCGGCAGGAAGUUGUCAUUCAUUAACGACGUGGCGGUGACACAGGAUGGGAAGAAGGUGUACUUCACUGACUCCAGCAGCAGGUGGCAGCGCAGAGAUUACCUGCACCUCAUCAUGGAGGCCACCGCCGACGGACGAGUGUUGGAGUACGACACGGAGACCAGAGAGCUGACGGUGGUGAUGGAAAACCUUCGAUUCCCCAACGGGAUCCAGCUGCUGCCCGAUGAGGAGUCGGUGCUGGUGGCAGAGACCACCAUGGCCCGGAUCCGCAGAGUCCAUGUGGCCGGUCUAAAUAAAGGUGGGAUGGACACGUUCAUGGACAAUCUGCCUGGUUUUCCUGACAACAUCCGUCCAAGUUCGACCGGAGGUUACUGGGUGGCCAUGUCUGCGGUGCGGCCGAACCCCGGCUUCUCCAUGUUGGACUUCCUGUCCCAGAGACCCUGGAUUAAGAAACUCAUCUUCAAGCUCUUCAGUCAGGAGGUGCUGAUGAAGUUCAUCCCUCGGUACAGUUUGGUGGCGGAGCUCCGUGAUGGUGGCAUCUGCACACGGAGCUUCCACGACCCCAAUGGCCUGGUGGCGGCCUACGUCAGCGAGGUCCACGAGCACGAUGGGAGCCUGUACCUGGGCUCCUUCCACUCGCCGUACAUCGCCAAACUCGACCUGCACAAGGUGUAAAAAACGGCGAAUCAACGGACAAGUUUGAGUUUGUGUGAGUGAAGAGUGUGAAGCAUGAAAGCAGGACGUUGGUCCUGAACGGGGACGUUACGAUUGGGCAGGAGUGGAAACAAAAACUGUCUCAGGUGGUUUGUCCCACUGCGACGGCCGUCGGUCAACACUUUGCUCCAGAGUCCGAUUUCGACAACUAUUUGAUGGAUUAACAGAAAAACACUGACGGUCUCCAGAGGAUGAACCAAACUCACUCACUCACAUCGUGUGUUUUUUUUUUUUUACAGAUUUCAUGAGCCAUUGAUUAGCACCUCAAUUAUCAAUAAAUCCAUUUGUCUUUAUCAAAUGACAGUAAAUAGUUCAUCAACACGAAUGAUUGAACAAGUUUUCAAUUUUGAAUGAUUGAAAAACCGCAGGUGAAUAUUUUGUUAAUGGACUGAUUGAUGGUCGUCUGAUAAUCCUGAACUCUGAUCAAAGAUCUGAUCAGGUCUCUGAUCUCAGAUCUCGGAUCUCGGAUCAGCUCUCAGAUCAGAGACUUCCUCCUAUCAUCAUUUCUUCAAGUUCUCCUUUGGCUGAUUGUGUUUUAAUAUUUCAAUAUUUUUUGUGUGUGAAAAAUGAAUCAGGAGAAAAUCUGCUGAUGUUGAUGCUGAAGGUUUAGAUUAAUGAUGAUCAGCUUUGUUUCUCUGGCGUCGAUGUGCGUCAUGUUUCCUGGUGUGUCGACGUUGAACUUUCCCAGAGGAGUUU